AAGCAAAUCCAAAGCUGCCUCUGAGUGAAGCGCCCAGCGGGAAGAGAGGAGAGGGUGGCUGUGAUUGCGGGAGCCGCGAGCCGCAGGGAGGCUGGAGUUCUCCGCCGGCUGCCUCCCGCCCCGAGUGGCAACCCGCGCCGACGCUGACUGAACCGCCGCUGCUUUUUCUUUUGCAGGUUUACCCGGAGCCCCGCACCGAGAGUGAGUGCCUGAGCAAUAUCCGCGAGUUCCUUCGGGCUUGCGGCGCCACCCUCCGCCUGGAGACCUUUGACGCAAAUGAUCUUUAUCAAGGGCAAAACUUUAGCAAGGUCCUCAGCUCCUUAGUUGCUCUAAAUAAAGUAACAGCAGACAUUGGGCUAGGAAGUGACUCUGUGUGUGCAAGACCAUCGUCUCACCGGAUAAAGUCAUUCGAUUCCUUGGGAUCACAGUCUUUACAUAGCAGAACUUCAAAACUUUUUCAGGGCCAGUAUCGAAGUCUGGACAUGACCGAUAACAGCAACCAUCAGCUGGUAGUGCGAGCAAAAUUUAAUUUUCAACAGACCAAUGAAGAUGAGCUUUCCUUUACAAAAGGAGAUAUUAUUCAUGUAACAAGAGUGGAAGAAGGGGGCUGGUGGGAAGGAACUCACAAUGGCAAGACGGGUUGGUUUCCCAGCAAUUAUGUAAGAGAAGUAAAAUCAAAUGAAAAACCCGUCUCCCCCAAAUCAGGAACGCUGAAGAGUCCUCCAAAAGGAUUUGAUACAUCUGCUAUUAGCAAAAGCUAUUACAAUGUGGUGCUACAAAAUAUUUUAGAAACAGAAAAUGAAUACGCUAAAGAACUACAGACCAUGCUUUCUAACUACCUGAGGCCUUUACAAGCCAGUGAGAAGUUAAAUUCUACAGAUACUUCAUAUUUAAUGGGAAACCUAGAAGAAAUCAGUUCCUUUCAGCAAAUGCUUGUGCAGUCUUUAGAAGAAUGCACCAAGUUGCCUGAAGCUCAGCAGAGAGUCGGUGGUUGCUUUCUAAAUCUGAUGCCGCAGAUGAAAAAUUUAUAUCUUGUGUACUGUGCCAACCACCCAUCAGCAGUAACUGUUCUCACAGAACACAGUGAAGAGCUAGGAGAAUUCAUGGAAAUGAAAGGAGCCAACAGUCCUGGGAUACUUGUAUUGACCACGGGCCUGAGCAAACCGUUUAUGCGCCUGGAUAAAUAUCCCACCUUACUCAAAGAGCUUGAAAGACACAUGGAGGAUUACCAUCCGGAUCGGCCUGACAUUCAGAAGUCUAUGACAGCCUUCAAAAAUCUUUCUGCACAAUGUCAAGAAGUGCGAAAAAGAAAGGAACUUGAACUCCAGAUACUAACAGAAGCCAUCCGCUGCUGGGAAGGAGAGGACAUUAAGACACUGGGAACAGUUAUUUACAUGUCACAGGUCAUGAUACAGUGUGCUGGUAGUGAGGAAAAGAAUGAGCGAUACCUUCUUCUGUUUCCAAACACUUUGCUCAUGUUGUCUGCCAGCCCUAGAAUGAGUGGGUUUAUCUAUCAGGGGAAACUACCACUGACGGGGAUGACCAUCACAAAGCUAGAAGACAGUGAAAAUCACAGAAACGCAUUUGAAAUAUCAGGAAAUAUGAUUGAACGAAUAUUAGUAUCCUGUAACAACCAACAAGAUCUGCAUGAAUGGGUGGACCAUCUGCAGAAGCAAACCAAAGUAACAACUAUUGGGACUCCCACUAUUAAACCUCAUUCUGUGCCAUCUCACACGCUUCCUUCUCAUCCUGUAACACCGUCCAGCAAACACUCAGAUAGCAAGCAAAUACCGCUGACUCCAGUAUACCACACUCUUCCACACCCUUCACAUCACGGGACGCCUCACACCACUAUAAACUGGGGACCCCUGGAGCCUCCUAAAACCCCUAAGCCGUGGAGUUUGAGCUGUUUGCGACCGGCACCACCACUGCGGCCUUCGGCAGCGCUGUGUUACAAAGAGGAUCUCAGCAAAAGCCCUAAAACAAUGAAAAAAUUGCUGCCCAAGCGAAAACCUGAACGGAAACCAUCAGAAGAAGAGUUUGCACUGAGAAAAAGUACAGCUGCUUUAGAAGAAGAUGCUCAGAUUCUAAAAGUUAUUGAAGCUUAUUGCACAAGUGCCAAAACACGCCAAACGUUAAAUUCAAGCUCCCGUAAAGAAUCUGCUCCCCAAGUGCUGCUUCCAGAGGAAGAGAAAAUUAUUGUAGAAGAAACAAAAAGUAAUGGUCAAACUGUGAUAGAAGAAAAAAGUCUUGUGGACACAGUAUAUGCAUUAAAGGAUGAAGUACAGGAAUUAAGACAGGAUAACAAAAAGAUGAAGAAAUCAUUGGAAGAAGAACAAAGAGCUCGCAAGGAGCUUGAAAAGCUUGUCCGGAAAGUUCUAAAGAGCAUGAAUGAUCCUUCCUGGGAUGAAACUAAUUUAUAAUGAAUUUACCAUUUUUCUUUCUUUCUAUUGAAAGACCAGUUGUCAAAUCAAGCUGGGAAGCCUUCUGACAUUUAGUCAGUCCUGCAUAAAGAGCACUGCAAACCAAGAUUUAACUGGAUCCAAUGAUUUUCUUCUUCCUUACAAUGCAUAGUACGUCCAAUCCAUUCACUGAAGCUGUCUGUGCUUAAGUGUAGAUAGCAUGGGCCCUGAACUCUACUAGACUUAACUUGUUUGCAUUUAAAUUACCUCAUUCUGCAGCAAGUGCAACAGCUGGCUAAAGAAGUCCAUGUUUUUCAGCAGCUUUUUAAAUUAAAUAUAUCUUUUAUUCCCCUUGUAAAUAUCUGUAAUUUUGAAUGUGUGUAUGAUCAGUGUAUCAGAACUGAUACAGUGUUAAAACCUUUUUUCCCCGAGAUGCUGCAAACAGCAGACGUUACGGCCGUGGUUGCUCACCAAAACAAUAACAACAACAACAACAACAAACUGAAAAUCCUUUACUGUACCAAGAUAAAACUUGUUUCGAACUGUGUUCUAGACAUAUUAGGUGCAAGAUGCAAAAUGCAUUUUUUGUAAUGUCCACAGCAUAUUUCACAGUAUUCACUCAUCUGUUUUAAACGAUUAACCUAAAUGUUUAUGUCUGUUUAAACCUCCAGACAAUGGAAUGUGCUUUUUAGCAAUACAAAGAUGCAGUAAAUUCUUUGCUGGCACCACUUCCAUAGGAAAGCUAAUAAGAUCCGACACUGAUUUAGUUACAUUUCUUUCGGCAUGCCAAUAUGCAGAAUAGCCACAUAAAUGAUGUACGUGCUGUUUGUUUUUUUAAUUGUUAGUUAUUAGAUUACUUGUGUACUACAUUUUUAAAUGGUUGUGCUUAUACCUUAAUGUACAGCUGGCUGGUAUUUUAAUGGAACACUCGAGCACUGUUGGUUGAAACAAAAGUUCUUCUCUAGUUGGGGGGUCUUUUUUCUUGUGAAUAAAAUGUAUUAUUUAUUUUUAUUGUAACCAUAAGAGGGUCUUGGUUAACAUUUGCAUGUAGAACAUUUGGAAAACUCCAGAUCUGGAGACUGAAACCUGGGCUUCCACUAACGUGCAAGAAUAUCCCCCCCCCCAUCAUGUAAUAGUCCACUUAACCUUAGUCCCUUUAUGCGACAAAUUAAAAAAGGAUAGCAGUGCUUUAUGAGACAAAAAUCUGUUUAAUUUUCUUGUUUCCCAUAUAGAUAAGCUCCAAUUACUUUGGACAGUUGUGGUUCCCAUGUAAGUGUGUUGUGAUGAUAUUCUGCAUUGGAAAUUUGGAACUCCACACUAUGUGGCUUAGGCAGUAUUUUUAGAAGUUACCAUUAUGGUCAAAUACCGUGGCUUUUAGCCAAAACUGAAAGUCCCUGAAAGUGUUUGGCUUUUUGAAGGUGCAGUCCAUAGCGGGGCUCAUAUCCUUCUAAGCCCACUGAUGUCAGUGGAUUUAAAAGAGUGAAACUAAUUAGAAUUGCACUGCUGUGGUGCCUGAUUUCAUUAUUUUCAGUGAAUCCAAAUGCCAUUAAUGUUGAUUCCAGACUUCCCGCUGACUUUGGGCAGAGUCCUAGGGAAGAUCUGAGUCUCAGUGAGAAAAAUGAGGCUGCUGCUGGAAACAUCUCCAUGUUAAGUCUUCCCCUUUCAUAAUGGAGUGAUGAAAUUCACCCAGAGACCUGACAGCAUCCUUGUGUGUUACCUGUGGAGCGGGCAAAUACACAACGUUGUGACGUGGGGGUGGCUUUUGCUGCACAUUAUAGAAGAGGAGGAGAAAAAAUAUGGAGGUGCUGUUUGAAAGGGCGGACUCGUAUUUCUCAUAAUGUAUAGUUUCCAUCCCCAAAUGAUUAUAUUUGUCUCAUAUACUGUGUGUUGUAUAAAUGAUUCCUGUAUUAAACAGACGAAGCCUGUUCCUCCCUCCUGAAGCAAUAAGACUCAGCUAUUUAUUGUUUCCUGCUGGCAGCAGCCAGAAAC